ACAGCACGGCCGCUAGGAAGAUUACCACGGCGCCAACCGAAUUAUAAUGAUGCUGUCCGUGCUAAUGCCAAAGAACAAUUGGAGGUCUACCUCAGGCCGGGCACGUUCUCCUGGGCAAACUAACACGGAAUGCCGCUCCGUAGCGUAGGACAGACCAUCGAAUCCAUAUAAGUGAGGCGGUUAGGCAACAUGCAGGGCGUUGGGUCUGUGAUAUCUGUGAUGUGUGUGCAUGAUACCAAGACAGGCCUGCGCAUUCCUCGUCCAUCAUGAUGGCUCCAACAUUAGCUACUGUGUGCCUACUCGCGGCGGUCCUAUCUUUACCCGCGCUUUCGACCUCAUUAGGAGCACCUGGUACUCACUCAAGACCCGCUCGAGCGAUAUCAGCUCUGCACUUGAGUCUUCGAGAGGCAUCCGCUGGGGGGAAUUGCGGCGCCGCGUUUGGCAACGUUGUGUGCGCGGCCGGCUUGUGUUGCUCAGGUGCUGGCGUAUGUGGGACGGGACCUCCAUUUUGCAGCGCACCCGACUGCCAGCUUUCAUUCGGACCCGCCUGUGACGGCAAUCAGGUACCAUUCGGGCAAGAUACCUCCAUCGUACCACGGCCCGCCCUAGGCAAUGUGCCGUAUGGGGUGGACAUCAGUCGCUGUUCGGUGAUGGGCAAAGUUGCCCUGACGUUCGACGACGGGCCGUACAUCUACACUAGUGAGCUGCUCGACAUUUUGAAGAAGAACAACGUCAAGGCGACGUUCUUCGUCGUCGGCGACAACGGGAGCAAGGGGCAGAUCCAGGCCGACUCGAGUGGUUAUCCUGCCAUCAUCCGGCGCAUGCACGCCGAAGGUCACCAGGUCGCCAGCCACACGUGGAGUCACCAGGACUUGGGCAAGAUCACGGCGCAGCAGCGACAAGAACAGAUUAUUAAGAACGAGGUGGCGCUCGUCGACAUUCUAGGCUUCUUCCCGACCUAUUUUCGCCCACCUUACACGUCUUGUCCAGGUGAUUGCUACAGUGACUUGCGGAAAUUUGGCUAUCAUAUCGUCAAUUACGAUGUCGACACUGUCGACUGGAAGGGUGACUACACGUACUCGCAGAACGCAUUCACAUCCGCCCUUUCCAAAUACGCCCCUGCGGCAUCCUCAUGGAUAUCCCUCGCCCACGACAUCCAACCCAACACGGUCCACAGCCUGGCGCAAUACAUGAUCGACCAGAUCCGCAAAUUUGGGUACGAGCCCGUCACCGUUGGCGAGUGCCUCGGGGACCCCGCCGCAAACUGGUACCGCAACCCGGCGAAUGGGCAGGCAUGGGGCGGCAAGAGCUUAGCUCCUGCAAGCACGACGAAGACACAACCCUCAGCUGCGCAACCUACUGAAACGCCGUCUUCAUUUUUGUCCGGGAGCACUAAAACUAAUGAGGAAACCAUUGGUUCUGCCGCGUCUACGGAAGCUGCGCCAGCUGUGACACCGACACCAGCGCCUGAGGGAAGCAACUUCGGAGCUGGAACGGGAGAGUGGGCCUCGACGUCCGAGUUGGGUGCGCCGGGGGCUACGACGUUGUCUCAUGCUGGCAGUGCCGGACGCGUCGCCCCUUCGGCAUGGGGGCUGCUUUUUGGGCUGCUGGGGCUGUCAGUUUUGUAUUCAACAUUGUUAUCAACGCAACAGACCGUUUCAUGUAUCAUUGUAUCAUAGCCGGACGAAGAUGUCUGUGUAAAUGUAUCAUAGUGUAUCAAUGUGCAUAAUAGCACUGUAUUCCUUCCCAUGAGUCGAA